AUGACGGCGGACCGCAACUGCCGUGCAAGGUACAAAACGCCCUACAUCGUGACGAAGAGACAAUGGGAACGACGCAGGGCCAACGAGGAGGCAGAGGCCACUGCCACCAACUAUUCCACCAGCAAGCCCCGCUCAAGAUCCAGGACACCCAGUCGAAGCCACUCCCGAUCUCGUAGCCGCACACCGGGACCCCGAAAGCAGCAGCAACGUCGAGCUCGCAGCCGAAAACCUGGGCGGACCCCAACGAGGGACGCCAAGGCAACUGAGUCGGUGAGCUUUGCAGAUGCGGUCAAAGGAAAACGCGCCACAAACGCGGAGGCUGGCGGCAAAACACACACUAAGAUAGAGGCGGAGAUAGCUCAGUUGACACAGACGAUACAAACUAUGCAAAUGGAAAGCAUGCAGGCACAGAUUCACGCAAAGGACGAACUCAUACAAAAGCUCCAGUCUGCCGCUCACAGCGAGACUGAUCAACAGGCAAUGCAGGAAACACAAGAACUUAUUGAGGACGGGUACCAGUCUAUAACAGGCAAGGCGGAGAAUCCAAACGUCACCACACUGCUCAAGCGAGAGCUCACGGUUAUCGAACACGACACCCAAGUCAAGGAUAUUUAA